UUUGUCCGAGCAAUGUGCAGCGGCCGACGCCUCAAUUUCUCAGGAGUCUCAACUUCUAUGCCUCAGUAAAAAUGCGCUCGCUAACCUAAGCCGAACCCCGAAACCAAAACCCUCGUUGGGGGAGGACGAGAAAGCAGCGAAGCGGACCAAGACUUUGGAAACUGAUCGGCGACGAGAGGAGUGUAGGGCGGCGCGAGCAGAGGGAAGAGAGCGAGAGCAAGGAUGAGUACGGUGGACAAGAUGCUUAUCAAGGGCAUCCGGAGCUUCAGCCCGGAGAACAAGCACGUCAUCACCUUCUUCAAGCCGCUCACCCUCAUCGUCGGCCCAAAUGGGGCCGGCAAGACCACCAUCAUCGAGUGCCUCAAGCUCUCCUGCACCGGCGAGCUGCCCCCCAACUCCCGCUCCGGACACAGCUUCAUCCACGACCCCAAGGUGGCGGGCGAGACUGAGACCAAGGGGCAGAUCAAGCUUCGAUUCAAGACAGCCGCCGCCAAGGACGUUGUUUGUAUCCGCUCCUUCCAGCUCACCCAGAAGACCUCCAAGAUGGAGUUCAAGGCCAUCGAGAGCGUCCUGCAGACCAUCAAUCCUCAUACUGGAGAGAAGGUCUGCCUUAGCUAUCGAUGCGCUGAUAUGGAUAGGGAGAUCCCAGCAUUGAUGGGCGUCUCCAAGGCGGUUCUAGAGAAUGUGAUAUUUGUACACCAGGACGAGUCCAGUUGGCCUCUGCAGGAUCCUUCGACUCUUAAAAAGAAGUUUGAUGACAUAUUCUCUGCCACUCGCUACACCAAGGCUUUAGAGGCAAUAAAGAAACUUCACAAGGAUCAAGCACAGGAGAUAAAAACCUACAAAUUGAAGUUGGAGAACUUACAAACUCUGAAAGAUGCAGCAUAUAAGCUUCGUGAGAAUAUUGCUCAAGAUCAAGAGAAAUCUGAAUCCCUGAAAGCUCAAAUAAAGGAGUUGGAGAGGACUAUUGAAGGUGUUGAGAACAAUAUACUACAUGCUGAAACCACUGUGAAGGAAUUGCGCAAGUUGCAAGAUCAAAUUUCAAUGAAAACUACUGCUAGAAGCACAUUAUAUAAACUUCAGCAGACACAAUAUGCUGCCCUUGCUGAGGAGAAUGAAGAUACUGAUGAGGAACUGAAAGAAUGGCAAUCAAAAUUUGAGGAAAGAAUCACUUUGCUUGAAACUAAAAUUAAUAAACUGGAAAGGGAGAUGAAUGAUGAAGAGACCAAAAGUUCCUUGCUUUUGCAAACAAUAAAUGACACUACACGUGAGAUGGGAAAACUUCAGGCUGAAGCGGAUGCUCAUAUGUCUUUACGGCAUGAACGUGAUUUGGCAAUACAGAGGAUAUUCACAAAGUACAAUUUUGGUUCACUUCCUGAUGCUCCUUUUAGCAUUGAUGUUGCUCUGAACCUGACAAACCGAAUGAAGACAAGACUGUCAGAUGUUGAGAUGGAAUUACAAGAGAGAAAGAAUUCAAAUGAGAUGGAGCUUAAAUUUUUGUGGGAUCGUUAUGUUACUGCAAAUGCUCGUUGUAGUGAAGUUGAUAGCCAGAAACAGGCCAAAUAUGAGGCUAAGUCAGGCAUUUUGAGACGAAUGAAAGAGAAAGAGAAUGAACGAGAUCUUGCAGAACGUGAGUUGUCAAGCCUUAAUCUGUCUCACAUAGAUGAACGAGAGAGAAACUUGCAAAUUGAGGUUGAGAGAAAGACUGUUCUACUGGGAGAAAAGGACUACGAAUCCAUCAUCAGUCAAAAGCGCACAGAAAUAUUUAGUUUGGACCAAAAGAUUAAAUCUCUAUAUCGUGAAAAAGAUAUAUUGGCCAGUGACUCAGAGGAUAGGGUUAAGCUGGAUAUGAAGAAAGAAGAGUUUGAGAGUUGCAAGAGGAAACUGAAAAAACUAUUGGAAGAUAACAAGGAAAGAAUCAGAGGUGUGCUGAAAGGAAGAGUUCCUUCUGAUAAGGAUCUCAAAAAGGAGAUAACUAAUGCACUUGGGUCUCUAACGAAAGAGUAUAAUGACUUGAACUCAAAAACUAUGGAAGCAGAAAAAGAGAUGAAACUAUUGCAGAUGAAAAUACAGGAUUCUAAAAGUCACAUUGUGAAGCUUCAAAAGGAUGUGGAUGCAAAGAGGAGGUUUCUUGUCUCAAAGCUCCAGGCUCUUCUCCAAACACCAGGAGAUAUUGAUUCAUUUCCUAAUGUUCUUCUUGAGUCUAUGGAGAAAAGAGACGUGCAGAAGAGCAAAUAUAACAUUGCCGAUGGUAUGCGCCAAAUGUUUGAUCCUUUCGAAAGAGUUGCACGUGCACAUCAUAUCUGCCCAUGUUGUGAACGGCCUUUCUCUCCCUAUGAAGAGGAUGAAUUUGUUAAGAAGCAAAGAGUUAAAAGUGCAAGCUCUGCUGAGCACAUGAAACUAUUGGCUGUUGAGUCUUCAAAUGCUGAUACAAAUUUCCAGCAGUUGGACAAACUCCGAAUGAUUUACGAGGAAUAUGUUAAGCUUAAAAAGGAAACAACACCUUUAGCAGAGAAAAACCUUGAAGAACUGAUGGAAGAUGUCACUCAGAAGUCUCAGGCAUUUGAUGAUCUUGUAGGUGUUCUGGCUCAUGUUAAAGCAGAGAAGGAUGCUAUUGAUGUUUUACUUCAACCAGUAGAGACAAUUAACCGAAUUUGGCAGGAAAUGGAAAAUUUGAAACCUCAAAUUGAAGAUCUAGAAUAUAAGCUAGAUUCUCGAGGGCAAGGUGUCAGAUCUAUGGAGGAAAUUCAGUUACAGAUAAAUUCUUUGCAAAAUAAAAGGGAGUCGCUAAGUGCUGACGUAGAGAAUCUGAGAGAAGAACAAAAAUUCCUCAAUUCUGAUUUAUCAAAUAUUCAAAUGAGGUGGCAUGCCCUGAGAGAGGAGAAACUUAAAGCUUCCAGUAUAUUGCACAAAGUCAAAAAGGCUGAAGAAGAUUUAGUUAUCUUAGUUGAAGAAAAAGAUCAAAUUGAACUUGAUGAGAAGGUAUCUUUUAGCUUAUUUGAUGCUUCUAGGGUUACUUUCUCAUGUGUUAUAUUUCUCUGUGGACUUUCAGUUUAGUUGUCUGCGAC